CAUAAAGAAUGCUUGAAAUAAUGCAGAUUCUUACUGAGGCCCUCUCCGGGGCCUGGAAAUCUAUAUUUUAAUAAGUUAUUGUGUGCUUCUGAUGCUCACUAGCAUUAAUACUAGAUUACUGUAGGGUAGAGGUUUUCAGCCCUGUCAUUUCACAAAUUUAUUGAGCACCUACUUACUCUAGAAGUCAGGGGUAAGGCAAGGCAGGACAGGAGGAGUGUCAUUAGUUACAGAAUACUUUGGGGUUCACAGCCGGGACAGAACAUCAUGUACUGGGGGUCAGAGAAUACUUCACAGUGUUUGAGAUGAUCCUUAAAAAGAGCUCUGUUGUGUGACUGACACAUAGUGAAGGAAGACAGUAGUGGGAGGGGAGAGGUUUGCAGCUACAUGAGCCCAUCAGUCCACAUGAGUUUCUGAGUUAGACAGAAAAGGAGUGAGAAACGGUAGCAAGACAGGGUGGAGUAGCACCCACAGCAGAGAACCAGACAGUCCUUAGGGGGCAAUAUUUAUUAAGCCAGUGCUCAUCAAAUGUUGGUCAUGUAUCAGACAGACAGACAUUACAAGGGAAAUGAACUGUGAGCAAGACAGACACCAUCCUUUCCCUUGUGGAAUUUCCCAUCUUGUAGUGUAAACAGACAACUAAACACAAAUAUACCACUGUGAGUUGUGCUAUGUGCUUGAAGGGAAAGGAAAGGGAGGCUGGAAAAAUGGAACAGCAGAGAGUGUGCCUCAUUAGAUGGGAAGGCCUCACAGAGGAGGUCCUAUUGAAGCCAGAACUAACCAUGGGCAGAGUGGAAGGGACGUGUAUUCUAGGCGGAAAGAAUACCUGGUAAAACAGGCCGAAAUGGGGCAGUUUGAAAUCCUUGAGGCAGGAGAGAAUUGGGUGAGUUGGAGAGAGAGCAAAAGCCAUGUGGCUGACAUGUAGUGAUGAGGGGGGUCCCUGAUGGCCAGGGUCAGCCUUGCAGGCAGUGAUGGACUUUAUUUGCAGUGCAGUAGUAAGUCAUUGAAAGGUUUAAAGAGACAGUGCUAGGAUCUGAUUUAUAUGUUUAAAAAAUCUGGAGAACCAAUUAGGACAGCAAGGAUGGCAACAGGGAGACCAGUCAGGAGGCCACUGAACAGGUCCAGGCAUGAGAUGAUGAUGUGGCUUAGCUGAGGGUGAAAGAGGUAGUGAAAAAAGGUCCAAUUCAGAAUAUAUUUUGAAGACUGUGCUGUUAGGACUUGCUGAUGGAUUGGCUAUAACAGGUGGAUGAAAGGGCGAUUCCUGGUUUACACAGCUGGUCGGCUGGAGGUGCUGUAACACUGAAGGCAGGGGCAGAUCAGGUCAGUUUUGGACAUGUUGCUUCUGACCUGAGAGACAUCCCAGCAGAGGCGCUAAGCAGGUAGUUGGGGGAGCUCAGGGAGAUAUCUGAGCUUGGGAGAGAGGUCUGGCCUCAAGUUUACUCUGCAACCCACUCUUGGGAGAGAGGUCUGGCCUCAAGUUUACUCUUCCAUCCCAUCUCUUCCCCCUAAAUGUCUUGGAAGGAUCCCAUGAAUCACUAGGACCUCCUGGUUGCCAGACCCAGUGGAUGACUUUCAGUCUUAUCCUCCUCAGCCUCUGCAGCAUUUGACACAGUUGGCCACACUGUCCUCAAACAUCCUGUUCCUUCCCUGACACCAGUCUGCUGGUCUUCCCUGUCUCUGGCUGCUUUGCCAGCUUCUCAUCUACCCAGUUUAAAUCAAUGGUUUGCAAAUUUUAGUGAAAAAAAAAAACUAUGUGUACAUGUUUUGUUUCACCUUUUAAGAUUUCUAUUUUUGUGGAUGUUUUAUAAACAUGUGGAUAGCUGUAUAGCAUGCUGGGGCUGCAUAUUUAAUUUUUCUGAAGGUAUGUAUUCAAAAGGAAUCAUUUUUCUGAGUGAGAGGAUUUGUAGGUAAGCUCAUUUGGCCCCAAAACCUUAAUGACAAUCUACAUUCUUUUUAAUCCAGAAUGUAUCUCCCAUCCUAGUCCCUACUGAGCUCCAGAUCCCUGUAGCAGUACAGUGUAGCAGUGUUCAGUGGAGACCUGCAGGAGUUUGGUGGUGAGGAGGGAGAGGGGUGUGUACCAGAACAAAGUGAGAGCUUUGGAAGCAAGAGAGAGCCCAGUGCACUUGAGGCCUGAAAGAAUUCCUGGUGGCUGGCUUGAAGAUCGUGAGAGGGUCAAUAGAGAAAGAUGAGAACAGAAGGGGCCAAAGGGUGAAGUGCCUUGUGCCAAGAGGUUGGACUCUCUUCUGAGGGCAAUGGGGAGCCACUGAAGCAUUUAUAUCCAGGGAGGAGGCAUGACUUGAGGUGUAUUAGUAGAGGAUCACAGUAGUUUUUCGUUUUAAAGAUAAGUAAAAUAAGGCCUCAGAGGGGACCUCCAGAGCAGCCCAGAGAGCUAGUGACAGAGCCACCAUGAUCCCCAGGCUUGUACCUCCCAGUCCAGUGCUGCAGAAUGUCCAUCCUUCAUCUCAGGCAGUGUCUGGGGCGCAGGGAAACUCCAGGUGGAGGAGACCAUGACACCUGGAACCACCGUCCAUGUAAGGUAUCCCUAAUACCUUUGCUUUGGCCCAGCCAGUGGGCUGGACUCUUAAGGAACCAAGAUAUAUAAGGCCCACUUGAUAAUUGGUCCUAUUAUUACUCUGCACUGUGUUCAGUCUUCUCAGCAGUUGUGCAAGUUAGUGACAAGUGAAGCUAAGAGAGGUGAACUUGUUCUGUAUCAUACAGCUAGGGCCUGAGGAAGCUGUGAUUCAAACCCUCUUCUGUCCAGUUCCCAAAGCUAAAUUCUUUCCUUUUUGUACAAACCAGGAAACUCAGAUUUCAGCAGUGAAGAUAGGCCCUUUAAAAUACAAUUUGAUACAAUGUGUUUAGUGUUACAAGUAGAUGCUGAAGUGGGCUUGUUUUGCCUUUGGAGACUGCUUAAGACUUUGGUCCAUUUGCUGGGUUUUCAGCACGCAUAGUUCACCAGGAAAAAGGGACAAGAUCAUAAUGGUGACUCGUCAAGAGGGAGAACAGGAGUGCCUGGAGCUCAGGAUGUAGUGGGCAGGCAGGAAAUGACCAAACAAUAAGAGUGAAGGGUCUCCUGGGCCAAGCUUGAGUCAACUUUGACUUCCCUUUUCCUCGCAGCCUAUAUCCAAGCCAUCAUCAAGUCCUAUUGGCUCAAAUACAUAACUGCAAACUGACCAUUUCUCACCACCUCCAUUGCUAGUACGCUAGCACCUGGUCCACACCACCAUCAUAUAUCAUCUAGCUUUUUGCAAGAACUUCCUUUUGCCCUUGCCUACAUACAGCCUACUCAAUGAAACAGCCAGAGAGAGAGAGAGAGAGAGAAAGCCUUCUAACACAGACAUCCUCAGCCUCAGCUGCAAUUUAAAAUAUGCUGGGGAAUUCUCAAAAAGUUCCUGUGUCUGCACCUCACCCCAGAUAUUCUAACUUAAUUGAUGUGAAGUGUAGCUCAGGCAGAGGUAUUUUUAAAGCACCCCAGAUGAUUCUAACUUGUGGUCACAAUUGAGGACCACUGUUUCAGUACGUAAAUCUCAUACGUCUCUGGCCAACAUUUCCCAUUUCACUCAGAAUCUAAGACAAUGAUCUACAGGACCAUAUGUGAUCUGGCCUCUAGUGACCUCUCUUCGGCCCCCCUUGUUCAUUCCACUCCAGCUUCAUUGGCCUUUUGGUUCAUCGAACAAACAAGGCACACUUCUACCUCAGGGCCUUUGCCCUUGUUCCCACUGCCUGAAACACCUAGAAGCCUGCAUGCCUUAAUCCUUAACCGCCUUUAGGUCUUUUGCUCAACCAUUGGCUUCUUGGUGAUACAUUCCUCAUCCACCCUCUUCAAAAUUGCAACUCCUGCCCACCAUUCUCUAUCCUUCUUAUCCUGUUCUAUUUUUCUUUAUAGCACUUGUCACUGUCUGACUUCUGGUGUAUUUUUUGUAUAUUGUCUGUCUCUUCUCCACUAAUCGGGAGUUUUUGUUAAUUUCUUAAAAAACAGCUAUAUACACCUAUUACCUUAAAUGCUGUCUGACUAAAUCUCUGUUAAAUAAUUGAACUUCUGUGUAUUUCUCUAUUUUGGUAGUGGAUGGCUCUUGGUUUGAGCCAGGUAGAAUCAGAGGCACUAAGCGAUACCAGGGGAGAGGUGAGACCCUUGGGUUUGAAGCAGAUGAUGACUGAAGCUGUGGGACCAGCCCAGAGGAAUAUGGACAUCGGGACAAAGGAGCCGCCAAACGUGCUUCUCUCCAAGUUUAUCUUGAUGUGUGAGACCUCCAUUUGCCUGGUUACUAGACAGGCACCUGGGGUCAUCCUGGACUCCUCAUCUCCACAUCUCACCUCCUAAACAAGUUCUAUAUUAUUGUCUCGAUAUCUCCAAAGUCUGCCACUUCCGUCCAUCCACCCUUUCACAGAUAUCCUCUCCUCUAGAAUACUGCCAACAACUCAGCCUGGGUGCCUCUGUUGUUCUCUGCCAAGCGGUUUAAAUGGUUUUCCUAAAACAUUUGACCUCCCUCUGUCUGAAAAUCUUUCACUGGGCUCCCUUCUGCCCUUGAGCCCAAAUCCCAGCUACCACAAGGCCCUCUGCGUACGUGGACUGGACUCCCUCUCUAAACUCAUCUCUUGUCACUCAGCCCCUAAGGCUCAGGACUUCCUCACACCUGCGGGCCUCGGCUCAGAACCCAGACAAAGCGCGUGAAACGACUCUUCUUGGAAGCCUUUCCUGCUGACCGCGCUGCCUCUUCUAGCCCCCCUGAGCCUCACCUCCCGCACACUCAUUAUUGACACUGUCCGGCAGCCUGUCCCCUGUGUGGCUGGGGGCGCUUGUAGGAAGUACUGUAAUUGCAAGAUGUCUGUGUGGGCCUUUGCGUCAGGGAGAGGAGACUGGCGAGGUAGCCCCAGGGAGGCAGAAAGGGAGCCAGGAGCCAGUCCUAGAAGCCAGUGGGUGAGUGUGCAGGGUGUUCCGCUGCGUCAGCGAGGCCCGAACCGCCCUCGGGAGGAGGAGCCUGGGGUCCAGCGCCGCGCAAGCGGCCCUGGUUCCCACCCAGGGGCACUGAGCGCUCUGCGCCCUCAGACCUGGCGGGGGUCGCAGGGCUUGGUCUCACCCGGCUGCCCUCCCCAGGCGAGCUUCCUCUCGGCUUCUGCAUCCGAGCGGAGGAGGUGGGCACGCCAGCUAAGCCGAAGAGUCGGUGGCCUGGGGUCCGAGGCCCCUCAGGAGAACCGGCAUUCUUUCUGCGCAAGCGCGACACUUAGGCCGGGAGGGGCGGGGCCUGGACGGGUCGGGGCGGAGUCAUCCCCUGGGCCCGCCUCCACUAGCUCCCGUGAGCAGCCAAGUGCUGGGCACCCGGGCUAUUCUAGGGUCUUCAGACGCGCCGCCCUAGAGACCCUGGGCUGGCGCUGGGCGCAGCUGCCUCUCCGCGUUUGCCUGUCCGUCUUUGUGUCUGUCUCUGUGUCUGUCUGGCUGUCUCCGAGCUUGCCUCCACUUCUAGAACUAAGCCUCUGGGACACCGACAUCCCACGAACCCUCGCCCUUUUCCCAUGGCAGGUAAGUGGGUCCAAGCCCGAGGGUCUCCGUUAUCCCCCCACAGACUUGGGAGCCUGGUGUCGGACGCAUCCUCCGGGAAUGUGCUCGGACUGGCUGUGUGGGGCCCCUCCCUUCCUCCCAGGAAGCCACCGCCCUGCUCCCCCGCCCCAUCUUUCUCAGUCUCUUCCCACCACAUUUCCCCCCUCAGCCUCGCGGCCCGUGGGCUAAGGGGUAAAGAGACGAGGUCGGGGGCUCCUUCUAACCUACUCCUGUCCCC